AUGGCGUCCGCGGAAGGCUGUAGCCCCAACGUGGCUGCCGCCAACCCGGUUGCCGCGCGCGAGGCGUACCUGGCCAGCUCCCGAGAAAACGACGCACUGCGGGAAAAGGCGAUAGCGUGGCAAGGCGGAAACGAAGAGGAGGAGCGGCAGGAGCAAAGCAAAAGCCCGAUCGAAAGGAAGAAGAACGUGAGCAUAAUUCAUAUUCACAAAUUUAUUAACAAGUUGAAAAACGCAAGUGCAGCCAACUUAGAACAGAGCUACCUCCAAACGUUGCUGGAGGACAUUAAGCACCUGAACAUCUCCAAGUACUUAAGCGAAAUUUUAAACUGCGUGCUGAAUUUGAUACAUCACGUUAGGAGGUACUCAGAUCUGUUCCUUUUCGUUAGCUUCAUUCGGUAUGUGUGUGUGAACUACGAGCAUGUGAGUGAGCAUAUCGAUCGGGCCAUCUUUGCAAAAUAUUUCCGGUUGGAUGAGGAGGACAAAAAUUACUUUUUCCUGGUUUUCUACGAGCUGUAUAACAACGUUAGCGAGUCUAGCCUCUCCGCCAACUACGCCUUUUGCCAGUCGCCCCUCGCCCGGGGGGUCUGCAGUGGGGGGGAGUACGAGGGGGCGAAUGAAGGGGUGAACGCGGCAGCUAACGUGCCAGCAAACGUGCCUACUAACGUGGCCGCUAACGUGGGAGCUACCUCCUUGGCGAGUGAUGGGCCGAGCGCUUCCGCAAAGGGCGACGGCCUGGCGCGCCAGCUGAAGGAGCUGCGGGCCUUCCAGAAGGCAAAAGCCACGGCGGUGAAAAACCUGCACACACACCUGCGCAAGGAGGGGCGCGAAGCGGACUCGUUCCUUCUCGAGCACGACCUGUUCUCGAACGAAGGCAAGGAGACAAAAGGGUGGAAGAGCAACCUAGCGGACCAAAAGGCAUACAUAAAGGAAAUGCUAAACGAUCCGAAUCUCCUAAAAAAAAUAAAAAAAAAAAACAAAAAAAGGAGACUACUCCUCUGCAUGUACUUAGAACUGGUGCUACACAACAUCUGCAAGAAUAGGGACCUGCUAACCUACAUGUUUAUGAACAUAUCAUUUUUCUUUACUUUAAUUUUGGACGCGCAAGUGACUGAUAGGGAGAGAAUUGGCUUGACUGCACCUCCGCAGGAGAAGCGAGACGUGAGUCUUUACGCCACAAGACUGGAUGUGAUGCGCGAAGUGAAGAAGCACCUCGCGGUCAGCACGGUGGUGACGUACGACUACGUCUUCGCGAAUGCGGGCACGCUCUUCGGGGGGGGGAGCGGCAGAGCAGUCGAUGGGAGUGGCAAAGCAGUCGAUGGGAGUGGCAGAGCAGUUGAUGGGUGUGGCAGCACUGGCGGAGGAACCGUCUCGAAUGCCCCUUCCAAAGGUAUCACCGCUAACGCGGCUAACACUACUAACGCCGCUAACCACGCUAACGCGGCAAACGAGGCUAACCCCGCGCUGCGGCUGGGCGAGGUGAAAAGCCACGUGGUGAACCUCCUGCGCGUGUUCCACCACAGCAGCAUGGCCAACCUGCUGGUGUACCUCUACGGGGAGCACCUCAUCAACGAGUACAGCAGCGGCAGGAAGAAGAGCCCCUGCCAGACGGAGGACUAUAACUUUUUUAGUGUAUACGAUAGGUGCGAGAAGCUGUGUUGCUUCUUAGGGUUGGAAGUCCCCAGUCUGGACGCCAUUCAAGUGGUGGGCAUCGACCUGCUGGGGAUGAAGGACGCCAGCGUCAAUCACAUAAAGCUGUUUGAUAAGAUGAAGAACAACAGCCGGAAGGAUAAGGACGGGCCGGGCGACGAGACCAUCUGCUUCUGGGCCAACGAGGAGGAGAAGGCCUUCUACACCAAGUUCCCCGACUACUCCAGCAUCAACAUCGCGCUGCAUGAGGACGAGGAGGGAGAGGAGGACACGGGCAUAGCGCCCACCAACGCUGCCACCCCCACCAACGCUGCCGCCCCCACUAAUGCCGCAAACCACGCCACCCCCGCUAACGCGGCCAACGCGGGCGGCCCGGAGGCCCCCGCCCGCAGGGACCCCAAGAAGGGGUUCCCGAGGUACCUGGAGAAGCUGCUGCACAUGAACAGCGAGAAGGAGCUGGAGGACCAGGUGAUGACCUUCCUGCUGAACUACAACACGAAGCGGAAGCGGAAGCUCGUGGCGAGCAGCAUCACGCACAUCAACCAGGUGGUGCUGAACCUGAUCCCCUUCUACUGCCGAUACGUAGCCAUCAUUAACGUCUACAGAAAGGACAUGGCGCUGGCUGUCCUCGAGGAGGUAAAGCGAAUAACAGAAAAGCUAAUUAAGGAGAAACUGCCUUGCCAAAAUAAAAAAACAAAAUGCAUAAAGUACCUCUGCGAGUUGGCCAAGUUUAAGCUGCUAGACAUCACAUACAUUUUGGACGUCCUACAUUUGCUAAAUGAAAAUUUUACCCCCGAUCACGCGGAGCUGUCACUGUACAUUUUGGAGAGCUGCUCCCUCCUCCUGAUUAACAACUCAAAGACACACAUACGCUUUAUAAAUAUGUUGCAGAAAAUAAAAAAAAUGAAAAGCUCCAGGAAUCUAUCCACCUCGUUUGAUCUACUCUUCGAAGAGUGUUGCAUCAAGAUAGAGCAAGAAUUUGAUCCGAACAAAAAAAAUUUAAAAAAAAAAAAAACAAAAUCAAAAUAUACAGAGGAGAAUCAAAAAAAAAAAAACUUUUUAAAAAAGUUGCUUUUCCAUGAUAUAGAGGAAGUUCCAGUGGAGGAGAUUAGCACCCACAUGAGGAAGUUCAAUUGGGACGACCUGUUUUUUACUUGCCUGUUUAGAAAGUACAUUUUUAAAUUUCUUGCCUACAUGAGCAUCUACCAAAUAGGGAGUUUGGCAUCUCUUUUGUUUUACAUCGCCAUGCACAGGCCCUGCUUCGUCACCCAAGUUAUUGAUGAGCUGUAUGAGCGCAUCGUGCACAUCAUCGAGAGGAACGAUUUUAAAAGGUUCAAUUUGCUCAUUCAGUAUGCUCACUUAUUUUCGGAGCUUUUCAUUUAUAGGAUGCUCAGCUCGAGCAGUGUAUUAGACCUGCUGUACUUUUUGGUGGCCCUUUCCGAUGCGGACAUGGCCAACUCCCACCACGUGGCGAGCAUCCACCGGCUCUUCCACGAGAACCGCCGCGAGGCGCUGGCGUGGCGGGGGAGUUCUGCGGGGAGCCAGCCGGGAAGGGGAGGCACCUUUGAGGGCGCCACGUUUGAGGGUGCCACGUUGGAGAGAGCCACGUUUGAGGAUGCCGCGUUUAGGGACACCCCUUUCGGAGAGGCCGCCUUUCAGGACGCCGCUUUCCAUGGGGACCACUUCCCCCGCGGCGACUACGCAAACCCGCUGCACAAGCUCCUGCUCAUCAACAAGCGCAGCCCCGUGUUCCUCAACCUGCUGCAGGACCCCGACUGCAGCAGCUUUAUUAACAUCAAGAUGAUCUGCAUCAUCGUGGAGCGCUGUGGAAAGUACUUCCAGAAUGCCCCCCUCCUGAAGUUCAAACUCACCAAGUUCUUUUUAAUCUUCGCCAGAUUUCUCCGCGUGCAGGAACCCCUCCCCGUGUAUGUUACAGAUCUAACCAAUAACGUCUUCGAUAUGUUUUGCAGAGACAUGCGGGCGCUGGCAACGGUGAGGCAGGUGGACAAGUACCUCCUCCGGCUGCUAGCGUGUGAGUACCGAGUGUACCUCAGCACCAACCCCCCGUGCGGCAUCACCGGGGGCGGUGCUUCUCAUGGGGGAGACUCCCCCCCGCUUGUCACCGAAGAAGAACUAACCUUUCGACUCGACGCGGAAGAUGCAGCGGAGCAGCACAACGACGCAGGCCGGGAGAAGCUGAAGGGGAACACCCGCAGGGGGGGAAGCGGGCCGCAGGCCAAAACGGGUCAGUACGCCCACGGGGGUGCCUACUGGGAUGGCUACGGAGGUGGCUACCAAGAUCGCUACGCGGGUGGCUACCAAGAUCGCUACGCAGGCACACGGGUGCGGGGCACCACAGCAGAGGACGGCGUCCCCAAGGAGAAGGACCAGCGGGGCAGCCACCCCAAUCAGGAGGACGCAACUGCCGACGAAGACAUCGACGAGGAAAUUAACGCAAUAAUUAAGUCAUCCAUUUUGGAAAACCGGUCUUGCCAGAGCAGGAGGGCCGCCCCGCAGAACAUCAAGAACGCCACGCUGUAUGGCAAGCUGCUCGGCCGGGCGGGCAUCCCGGUCGGCGCCAAGUGUGCCAAGUGA